AUUGUCAUCAACAUCAUUGAGGUUAAGUUUGAUUGUUUGAAUUUGUUUGUUUGGUUUAGAUUUGUUAUUGCUGCUCGUUGCAUUAAAUCAUGGCAGUACCGGCGGAAGAAGGUGAUGUUGUUAUACCAGAUGCUGUGAUGAGUUCAUUGAGCACAGCAUGUAAAUAUUGCAGCGAGCUGGAAAACAAACAGGAUCGACCUAGUCUUGUGUGCGGGAAUUGUUUUUCCUACGUUCAUAUUAACUGCCUUCGGAGAGCUAGUACCCCGGGCGAUUUUGCUUGCGAUGUUUUCUUCGACUUCGUUUGCGAAGACUGCUCUCCAACCAACAAAGAGAUCUUCAAAAGGAACAGAUUUCCCUGGGUUAGCGUGAUAUAUUUGACCCUCCACCACUUGAACAUCCAGUCGUACGGCAUCAGCAACCAUGGCUACUUCCACUACAAGACCCAUAUCUGCUCCUUCAUUGAUCGGUACUGGCAGGCACUAUUUGGAUCGCAAAUCAAACAGAAAAAGAACUGGGUGGGCACCAUAGCAGGAGUGUUGUCAGUAUACAACAAGCUAUUCUUCAAGUCUGGUUCAGCUGUACUCGGCGAGACUGGCUGGUGGAAGCUUCUGCACAAUUUCUCACCUGCUGUGGCUAGUCAAAUCGUACAAGAAGUUGCAAAGGACAGACCCAAAGUUCGACCACGCAAUCAGGUGUCCAUAGAUAGAAAUCUCUUCUUAGCCAAAGUCACUGAAAUGGGAUAUAAAGACUUGAUCAAUGAUGAAAACAGUGUCUGUAUGCCACUGCACCCAGAACCUGUACCAUGCAAGAAGAGAAGGGUUGACUCGGAUGAACUGAGCGGAGUCUCUAGCACUUCAUUCUAUGACCAGCAAGAUUCAGAUGGCAGGAAUGAAUUGGCAGACGAAUGUGUAUUCGAUGACCAGAUGAACCUAUUGACUCAUAAAGAUCCUUAUUCCGACUUGGAAUUCCAAGGGUUCGAAUUUGCACCUUCAAACCGAUUAGUACCAGUACAGAGCGACACUUCAAGCAUCCAUUCGUUCCAACCAUCAAUGAUGUACGACUCAGACUCCCACUCGCGCAGUGGUUCCGAACUAGAGACCAAGAAGACCUUCGAAAGACCCAAAAAGCCGGUCACAGACGAAAUGCCUAUCAGAAGGGAGUCCCUAUUCUCCACUGAGCUCAAUUCUGUAGAUAAUCCUUGGGAAGACCCACUCCCCAAGUCAGAACCUGAUCUAGUUGAAAUGACGCAGUAUGAGGAAAUACAGCUUCUGAAGAAGGUGGAGAAUUUGAUCCUCAGGGUCAAGGAUCCGAAUAAGAAGGGGUAUCUGUGUAGACUCAAAGCUAAAUUAGCACUGAGGCGCUUGAAGAGACAUAAACAUUUGCCCGUCUUUGAUUUGGAUAAAGAAGUCAAAAUACUUGGUGGUUACAUGAGCGAAGACCCGAGGACCGUGAUCAAUUCAGAAAGAGUACUUGAUCGAUUCCAGAGAUCGUAUCUGAUGGAUAAUCUUAGUGGAACAAUAGCCAGUCCAAACUACGGAACUUUGCUUCUGUCAAACAUUGAGCCGACGCCAUACCGGUCUUUAUACUCCGGAGCCACGCUGAAGCCCUAUAUACGGCGGGAUGGCGACUCCGCCCCAACGUGGUUGAAACUUACUGACGAACUUCUUAGGAGAACUAAUAAACACAUAAAGGACUACGAGCCUCCUCCACGUGCCACCAUAGACUACUCUUACGUGAGACCACAGCAUAUCGCCGCCAUCAACAAUCUUUGCGCACAGUUCUUCUGGCCGGGUAUUGAUUUAACGGAAGCGCUCCAGUAUCCAGAAUUUAGUUGUGUCGUUACAUACAAGCGGCUGGUGAUUGGCUGCGCAUUCCUUGUGCCUGACGUCAACCACAACGAGGCCUACAUCUCCUUCAUACUCACGCGUCCCGAGUGGAGGAACGCCAAGAUAGCCACCUUCAUGUUGUAUCACUUACUACAGACUUGUACAGGCAAAGACGUCACACUGCAUGUAUCACCCACCAAUCCUGCCAUAUUUCUAUAUCAGAAGUUUGGUUUCAAAGUGGAAGAGCUCAUACAAGACUUUUACGAAAAGUACUACGACAUAGAUUACAAAGGCUGCCGGCACGCGUUAUUCUUACGACUUACUAGAUAAAUAAACACUUGACUUAAAAGUUAUAUUUGUUUCAUUUACAAAAAAAAUUACACGAAGUACAAACAUUAGCAAUAUAAAUAUAAUUUACAAACAUGACAUUUGACGCUAAUUUGACAG